AUGCUCAAACCGGGGCCAAAGCUGGGAAGUGUUCAUAGGAGACGCUGUUUGGAUCACGAUCUCCGGGAACGAAACCACAGCAAGGCUCUGAGGAGGACCUGGACACCCGAAGACCCAUCGGGACGGCAAAAUCAACAUGCCCUUGCAUGUCCAGUGCCAGAACCCAGCGUCUCGGACGAAGCGGCGCAGCUCCAUUCCAAACACAUUCGGAGUGUAUAUUACCUGAUUCUACCGUCACACGAAGAAUCGUCUCCGAAGAGUGUGAGAGCGGCUACAAGUCCUACGGAUUCUUCUCAAGGCAGUGGAGACAUCCUCACAUCUGCUUGCUACAGCCUAGGAGUCACGUCGAGUUCUAUGAAGCGAAUGGUAGAGAAUUUCUUUUGCACAUUCACAUCAUUUGGUCUGUUCAGAAAGCCUGUCUUCUUCAAGAAGCUUGGCCAGAUAUCCUCCUGCCUGCAAUUGAAGGCACUUCUAGCCGUCGUCUUUGCAUUUGCAUGUAAAGGGAGUCCUGACGACGUCCCCGAAGUCCUCCCAGGCCGCGGACAGCUCUCUGCCUCUGAUUUGGGCGAUUUGGCGAGCAGUUAUGUCGACAAGGCGAUGGCUGAAUGUGGCGAUGACCAGCCGCCCCUGUGUUUGCUCCAAGCGCUCAUUCUGGUGACCCACUGGAUGAUCAUCCGGGGCGUUCGGGGUAGAGCAUGGAGGUCUCUGGGCCUUUGUAUCCGCAUUGCUAUCGAGCUGGGACUAGACUUGGUGGAUGCCGGCAAGGAUCCCCAACAGGACCCAGUCGACGCAGAUCAGUGGUGCGAGGAUGAAGAACGGCGACGGGCAUUUUGGGCCAUAUAUGAAAUCGACCAGUUUGCCACCAUCAUCAAGCAUGUCCCCAUGGCCACGAACUGGACUCCAAGCAACGUCUUCCUUCCCGCUGACGAAGACCGAUGGUUCCAAGCGCAGCCUCACCAAAGUUGCUUCCUGGAUCUCGAUCCGAUUGAGCGGUCAAAGACGCUCCAAGCGACAGGGAGCGAAUCUGCAAAGGCGUGGUACAUUAUCGUCAACUCCCUGGUGAUAGAAGCAUACUUGUUGGCCCGCCGCACGGGCCAAAAAGCGCAUCAUCCCUCAGAGAGCAAGGGAGCGGCCCCCAAGUCGGAAACCGAGCAUGGGACGAGUUCUCGAAAUCAAUGUUCAACGUUGCUCAAUUCCAUCCAGCUCUGCCUCCUAGUCAUGCCCCGGAGUUGGCGAUUCCACGGACAGAACCUGGACUUUGGCACACAAACCCAUGAUACAAGCAUGAUCCCCUCCAUCCUCCACCGUCAGAGCUCGAUAUUUCAUAUCUCCAUUCUCACCGAAGUGGCCAGGCUUCUGGCGUUAAGGCCGUACGUCUUCGAAAUGUACGUGCAAAGGCUCACCAAGAUUACGGGUAAAGACCUUCGUCGACAGAAGCCGCCCGAGCAGUCCUCCUUUGCCCAAGGGUCCACCCGAGAGCUCCAACAAUGCUUCAACGCCUCGGACGCCAUGUUGAACAUCGUGCUCAAUUGCUCCGAGAUCCACUACCAGUAUGUGAAUCCUUGUAUCGCACACGCCUCGUGGUUGGCUGCCACCGUCCAACUACUCCAGCAGGAGUUGACCGAAGACGAAUCCGAGAAAAGGUUGAUCCAAUCCCAAUUCGAGGUCUUGAAAGCCACCAACAACCGGUUCGUCCAACAUUGGGAGAUGUCCACGGUGCCCAGCCAAAAUCUCGACGCGCUGGCCAUGCGGCUGAAGCAAUUCACCGCCGUGUCGAGAAGUUUGGUGGACAGAGAGAACACGCCUAAAAGUCGACUCAAGAAUCCGUCACCAGGGACCGAUGACAAGACCUCGGGGCCGUAUGUCGAUGAGCUCUGGCAGUCCAAAGGCAAUCCGGGGGAGAAGACUCGAUUGGAUUUCGACCAGAUGUUUAGUACAGGCUUUGCACCGUCGUCAUCCAUAGUUAGCAAAAGCAGCAAUCAGCCAGGCCAGUCAACCAAUCCAAAUCCACCGCCGCCGACGCCACGGCCGGCUCCAGACCCUCUCCCUCCAGAAGCCACAUUCCUACAACACCAGGAACCGCCAUGCGUAACUCGACCAGGUUUAGGCGACCAGCAGCUCUCCCUGUACUGUCAAAACCCGAUCUUCCCAGACCCGACAGCCACGACGGGGUCUGUUGCGUGGCUAGACACGACAGCGACUUCAUGGAGUACCGACCAGAAAGGACAAGUGACGAUGAGCAGCAGCUUAGACUCGGAUCCACAGGGUUUGUUCUCCUUUAACACUGAGAUUGAGGGGGAGCUGUCAAGUUAUCUGGACGGCAUUUUCUCAGGGCCUUUUAUCGGCUAG